GGUUUUUCCGCAUGUUUCUGCUUGCCACUGAUGCAUAGUCAUGUGCUGCAUCUUGCCGUCUUGACGCUUUGGUUCGCUAUUGUCCCAGCGCUAAGAUCGUCAGAGCAUUCAUCUUUCCUGGCUCCUCUGUGGCCGUCGAGGCGGUAUGGGACCAGCAGAAGGCACAGGAGCAGGCUGCACGUGGCGGCGGCGGAAAGUGAGAGGUCUUCUUCUUCAGAUCUGGCGAUUCCAUUCAUUGAUCUGUGUGUUUCCCCUGUCUGCAGGAGCCGAGCAUGAAGCAACCGAGAUAGCAGAGGCAGAGUGAGCGCCUGACACGAUCUGCACGAUGAGUCAACCGUCGUGCGUGCCACUGGCUCUGCGUGUGUAUUCACCACAGGCCGUCAGAUCUGAUGGAGACUGACCUCGGUGCUGUCUACGGCCGCAAAAGUCAGGUCCUCCGCGACAUUGUGACGGAGCAGCUGCGUGAGGAGCUGGGGGAGGCCGACCCGUUCGACAACAUGACCAAGGAACAGAGGGAGGCUCUCAUUGAAGUGUAGGGGACUGAUGAACGCACACACACACGUUCAUUCUGUGUGCGUGUCGUGUGUGCAUGUCAGUCAGAUGGAUGCUUACCUUGAGAAGAGGUCGAAGGAGUUCGAAUCGACGCGGCAACAGAGACUGCGAACGUGAGCCACCAACAUUGCCGAGAGAGAAUGGCAACGUCAAUGCGUCACUCACUGGUCGGUGUGUGGCAGUAUGCCCGCCACGAUCCCCCGGGAGCGCCAAACGUCCCUCCCCCUCGUAGCCAUCAUCGGCCGACCAAACGUCGGCAAAAGCACUGUCUUCAAUCGGCUCACCGGUGGCUAAACCAACGCCCAAACAAUGCGUCUACUGCACGUCGAUCGCUAUCUAUGUGUGUCCGUAUGCGUCCGUAUGCGUCUGUAUGUGUGUGUGGUUCAUUCAGGUCGUUACAAGGGUGGUGCGAUAGUGGAUGACGAGCCGGGCAUCACGCGGGACAGGAGCUAUGGCCGCGGCAGCUGGAAUGGGUACAACUUCCGGGUCGUCGACACCGGGGGCCUGCUGCUCGACGACCUGGAAGGGGUGAGGGGAGGGAGCGUCAAGCCAUUUAAUGUGAUACUUAUGGCGUUGGUUGUGUUGUCUUGUGUGUUGUGGCUCCUUUGCAGGACCCGUUCAGGUCUUUGAUUCGAGAUCAGUGUGUGCAGGCCAUGAGUGAGGCGGAUGUCAUUCUGCUGGUCACCGACGGACAGGCGGGACUACACCCACAGGAUGUCGCUCUUGCAGGUCAGCAAGCAAUGAAUCCACUGGCUGGGUGCGGCUCAAGCAGCGCUGUGUAUUGGUGCUCGUGUUGCGUCUGUGUGUCAGAGUACCUCCGGAAGGCCCUGCCACGGCGGCCAACGCCGGCCAGAUCUAACGAGACGAAGCCUAUCCCCCUCUACGUGUGUGUCAACAAGUGCGAGAGCCCUACCAAGGGCAUCACACAGGUAGAGAACAACCGAACACGACAAGACAAUCCGUCACUCAGUGCACUUUCCGUGGUAUGUGUUGGAUGUCUGUCUACAGGCGCAGGAGUUCUGGAGUCUGGGGUUCGGCGAGCCCCACCCUGUGAGUGGCAUCCAGGGCACUGGGGUGGGCGACGUGCUCGACAAGGUCGUCACACACAUCCCUUGGGUGCCUGACGUAGAGGUCAGUCCACACAGCAGACAGACAAACAGACAGCUGGACGAGAGGCAGGCCGUGCCGUGUGUGAUGUCAGGUUGAGGACGACGAAGAGGUCAACAUCGCCAUCAUCGGCCGCCCAAACGUCGGCAAGAGCAGCCUACUCAACAGGCUACUGGGCGAGCAGCGCGUCAUCGUCUCUGACGUCCCCGGCACCACUCGUGACGCCAUCGACGUGGAGCUCGAGCGCCAAGGCCGCGUGUACAGGCUGGUCGACACGGCGGGCAUCAGGCGACGGUCCCGUGUGCUUGCGGGCCAGGACAGUGAGUUCUACAUGGUCAACCGGGCGGAGCGGGCCAUCGAACGGAGCGACGUGUGUCUGCUGCUGAUCGACGUGGUGCAGGGCAUCGCCGACCAGGACCUCAAGCUGGCCGAGAAGAUCGUCGAGGCCGGUAAGGCUUGCCUAGUGCUCUGCAACAAGUGGGACGCCGUCGACAAGGACGACAAGACCUAUGACAAAGCCGUCGACUACAUCCGCACCGUCCUCUACCCACUGAGAUGGAGCGCUAUUGAGUUCAUCUCGGCCAAGACGGGCCAGAGGGUGGCGCGUAUUCUCGACAUGGUGGACGAGGCCGUCGAGCAGCACCGGCGUCGCAUCCCGACCAGCCUGCUGAACGAGGUGCUGAGGGAGACAGUGGGCAUCAAUCCGCCGCCAGUGGUGGGCGGGAGGCAGGCCAAGCUCUACUACAUCCACCAGGCGUCCACACGGCCUCCCACAUUCAUCGUCUUCUGCAACCAGCUAUCGUCCGGCCAGGCCCUCUUGUCCGACAGCUACAAGCGGUACCUCGACAGGAAAUUCCGCGAGGCGCUGGGCUUCAAGGGCACGUAAGCCAACCACUACACUAACAGCCUUUUCUUCUCCCUGUCCCUCUCUGAGAGCGUGGGGGUGUGUCGACACGUGUGUAUGUGUGUGUUUGUGUGCUGUGUGCUGUAUUUGGUGUCUGCAGGCCCAUCCGUUGGAUCUUUCGUGAGAAGAGAUUGCGUCAGAUGGUGCAGCAAGGCAGGAAACGAAGGCGGGCCGUCGUGAGGCGCUGAUGGAUUCAUAGGAUGGAUGGAUGGAUGGAUGGCGUUCUCCUAGUACUCUCUCUAGGACCGACAGCUGUGUUCGUAUGUUCGUGUUAUCGUGAUGUAGAUCAAACAAACCGGCCAGUCUGACCAGUGUCGGUCAUUGUCACUCAAUCCGCACAACCAGAACGGU